AUGGGUAGUUCUGACCACAACGAUGACGAGGAAACGCGAUCAGAAUCCAUGUCCGAAGAGAUGGCCGACUCUGGUCUUCCCCAACGGAUCUUCAUCCCUGAAGAAGUCCCCAAGGGAGACUGUGUGAACAUUUACCAGAAGAUGACGGUUAUAUCUGACAUCGAUGCCGCUUUGAGUCAGACAGAGAGGGAUUUUAUGAAGGCAUCUCAGUUUGGAAAACUGUUCGAGUUUGCAAACCAGCCUGCUUGGUCCGGCGCAUUCGGUUUGUUCACCCUCACCAGACUUCUUGACGUGAAGAAAGAAAACGAGAUCUGGCUGAAGAAAAAAAGGAGACUGCAUGUUGUUCCCGAGUACUUCAAGACUCUAUUCGGUGAUGAGAAGGAAGUCCCAGUGGAACGACCAAUCGAGAUAUUGCAGAAGAAAACUAGUUUAGAGACCCGGUUGAGACUGCGAUACGCGUGCCUUGCCAUAGUGGAUGCCUUUCUAAUGCCUUCUGUUCAUUUUUCUCGGUCAAAGGUGAGCAUGGAUCACGCCGAGAUGGUUGAAGACCUUGAUGCAUUUCUGCAGUACCCCUGGGGCCGGUUAUCCUUUGAUGUAAUGAUGAAUUCGAUAAAGGGCAGGAAUUUAGCACAGAUUUUAACAGCUAACAUUACUGUCGGAGGUUUGUUCCCUGCCUUACCAAUGGUUGUUUUAGAGGCCGUCCCUGCCAUUCAAGAAGAUGAUGACUCAUCUGAUGGGGAAGACAGUAGCCCAAGCAGGGGCGGUGCUCGCUUGCGUCCGCAGAAAGUUCAGCUUCAGUUGAAUAAAGCUAGAGUGCUUGACGAAGAUGAAAUGGUCGCGGUUAACUCUAUCAUUCGGCCUGAUUUCGAAAUCAGCGACGGCGAGGAGGAUCUAUCCUGGAGCGAAGAUGAACAUGACGAAAGGGUCGACCAUAUGAUUACUCUUAUUAAUCAAGGAUUCGAAUUUAAGUCUGAAAUGUUUGGCCCUGGCAUUGAUCCUGAGUUUUUAGCAGCUCGUACAAGUUCUCGAAGGGGUGUUAAGAAGACAAAGAUUGUUGUUGGGAAGAAAGGUAAAGGGAAGAUGAGAAAGUCUGGUAGAAGUCGAGUCACAAACGUUGCACAUGACACUGACAAAGGAGUUAUGUUUUUUGAGGAGAAGUUGAAGACAAUGGUUUCAAAAAUCGUACAAGAAAAUAACAAGAAGAUAGAACAUAUGUUUGAAGCCAACAAUGUGAAGAUAAUUAAGGGUGUGACCCAGUGGUUUCUUGAUAACGCAGUUAUCGACCGCGAGGUCAAUAUAUGUCCAUCAUUCUCGGGCCUUAGCGCCGGUAAGUCAAGGUCUCGCAAGCAACCCCCUCCGAGCACUGCAAAUAAAUCGGGGGAAUUACCUUCGGUCCAAUCCGGAGCGCACCCUGAUGGUCAGGCCAAACAAAACUGCGACACUUCAUUUCCUAACUUAGACUUCUCCUCCAUGCCGACGGUUGACGAGAUUGUUUCCACAUACGCUCCCAGAGCUGAUGAUGCCACCAACACUGCAAGAGUUGGUAAGGGUACCGUUGACCCCAUAGGGGAAUGCAGUGUCGACGCUGUUGAUGGUGAGCAGGUUAUGACGCAUAACCCAGGCGAUGAUGGUGUCGUUUUGUCAGAAACCCGGCCUGAGAAGGACAAUGAUGGCGCCUCUCUCCCUCAAUUCAACCCACAAAAUGACGUGCCGAAGUCGUCAGAUGGUGUGAAUUUGCAGGAGGAGGAAAACCCUGAACAUGACGAUCCCUUGAAAUCAGGCCCUAAUUAUGUGCUAAUCCCCCCGGUGGGAGAGAACUUUAUUGAUGAGGUCGAUGGUGUUGGAGACGUCCAGCCUGAUGAGAUUGUAACCUCUGACAUUCCUGAACCCAAUGCUGUAAUUUCUGCUGGCGAAGAUAUUAUCGAUCCCAAAAAUCUGACUAUAAACUCGGAGGAGCAAGCCAAAGUGGAACAUGUUCAGAGGAGGGUGAGCAAGCGUCAGAGGACUGUAUCGACUCGAUUAGAUAGUCCUUUUCGAUGCGAGAAGCGUAUCAGAACUAUUAUAGAGAAUUCCGAAGCUGUCAAUGAUUCUGAGAAAGCCCUUCAAUAA